AUGCCAGAACGACAAGCCGUCGUGACCCUUCACCCCCUCUACUGUCCCGAUACCUUCUCCUUCCGGUCCUUGACCUUCGCAUCUGACGAUGACUACGUUGAUAUCGGCCGGUCAUCUAAGCGCGAAACCAAGAAUCUAGUCCCCGCUCAUUAUAACGCCUGGUUCGACUCGAGGGUCAUGUCUCGUGACCAUGCGAGGAUCGGAGUGAAUAUGGCGGAGAAGACUGUCAUUAUUCGUGAUGGCGGUUCCAUGCAUGGUACCUGGGUGAACGACAGGAGGAUUCCUGUCGAGCAGGAUGUCGUUGUGAAUAGCGGCGAUGUCUUGACUUUUGGUGCGGAUGUUACUCGUGGUGCUGAAACGUUCCCCCCGCUUAGGGUUCGUUGUGGGUGCGAGUGGUUCGAUUCUAGUGAUGAUGCAUCAAAGGAGGACAUCGCAGCCAGAAAACAGAGCUAUCCUAUCAACACUUUUGUCGUUCCUGACGAUGACGACGACAGUGAUGUUGUUGAGGUGGUUGACGACUCAGUGCCGGCUAGACCGAUGAGUCCUCAGGAUCACGAGUCUGAGGAUUCCGACCAGAGUGAUGACGCAAAAAACCAUGAAAUUAAAGAGAGUUCUACGCCAAUCACCUCGCCGUCGACCAAGGAAGUCUCUUUGGGCUUCGAAUCCAAACCCACAGAGGCCCCACUCAAGGAAGUUCAUUCAGACCCCUCCGACGGAACCUCGGGCAGUCCCAUUGUUCUCGAUGGUGACGAGGCUCCCGUGACGCCGAGGAUGACUCCUCCACCUAUCUCAAAUGCUUCGAAUAGCCAUGUCACCAAUGUCGAUGUUGAUGCCAACGCCAUGGAUCACGAUUCGGAUCACUCAUCCUCCGUCGCAAGCUCUCCCAGGGAGCCCCAGCCCGCCACCGAAUUUGAUUAUUGGGAUGAAGAGGAUGUGAUCAGCUAUGGAUUCGGUUCAGAGAGUGAAUCUUCGAACGUUGAGUCCUCUGACUCGGAGAUGGACAGUGAAUCCGAAGACACAACCUCCCACGGUGACGAAUUGGAGAACAAGCAUCAGCCACAGACAGGCAAUGAAACGCAGGUUGCCAAUGAGGAGGGGGCCGAGUUCGGUGCCCCUGCUUCAACUAUCCAGCCUAAGAACAUUCAACCACAGAACACCGAAGAAGCCCAAUUUAACUUUGACAAAGCAUGGCCGGCGACUACUUUCGCCAGAUCAGGCCCCCUUUCGCCAGCGAUGCUUUGCGAUCCGUAUGCUAUCCCAAGGUCGUCUUUGCAGCAGACCGGUAACUCAUAUCCCCGUCUGCCUAGUCUACAUGCUUUGUCCUCUAGUGGGUGGGAACCACAAGCUGUGCCACAGGGUGAUCAUUUUGAUAUCGGAACGGCACCUAGAGCCUUUGGGCAACGCUGCACUCGAUUCGAUACUCUUCCCGUGAGACGACAGCCACGACAGACAGUUCUCUCAGCUCCAGUAAUCCCUCCAGUGGUUCCUAGCUCCUACAAUGGCUCGAGCGGUGUGUCUCCUGUGAAGAAUGAUAUAUAUAGUGCGGAAGAUCAAUGGCAAGUUGAGAAGCCCGGCUUCCCAGGUCAGUCAAGGAUGCAGCAAACAACCUCAGCGGAUUAUUCGCGCGAACCCAACACCCGGCUCUGUAUUUCCGACAUUGUUGAUAGCCGGUCGCAAGAGGCCCGACCUGCGCAAGGACUCCCUCCAAAGAGGAAGGCAGAUGAGAUGGAGUCGGUCGUGAUGCCACAAGCACCCCCUUAUCCUGACGAAUUUGCUGAUCACUCGUCCGUCGAUGCUUAUGCAUCCGGCGCCAACACUGUACCGUUGGGCACUAGCGAACGUGUCAUUAACAAGGAGAGCUUUUCUCAAGAUGCGCAGCCGCGGCCCUCGCUGCCUGACCUUGACGACUCAACUCAGCACACUGGUCUCUAUUCUAUUCCCGAAGAUAGGCCUGAAGAAUCAAAGUCUGUUCCCGAUGUGGAAAGACCUAGCAAACGGCUCAAGACCUCCGAUGAAGGCCGCGGACGUUUCGUAACCCAUGCUGCAACGGCUCUUGCAGGUGCAGUGGUUGGCGGUCUUGGUACCAUUGCUCUGCUGGCAUCUUUGCCGCCUGACUACUUUGUCUAG